CCUGUUAGAGUGUGUUUGCAUACAGCUAAAAAAACCGAAAUUAAAAACGAAAGUUCUCCAACGUUGGAUAGGCCAACAGAAUAAGGCAUACAGGAAUGUAUUUCCCAUGAAGCAACAAGCAACUGCACAAAUCGUGCGACACGUACACAAAACCAUUACUAAAUGUAGAAUACCAUCGAAUCCACAUCGACGUCAUGCGCUGCCAACGGUGCAUUGCACACGUGCAGCAAAGGUUCCUCGCUUGGAAACUCCUUUCGCUAGUGAAAGCUUCUGCAGUCUUUCGGUCAAACAUUGCCGGAUUAAAGGGAGGAAAAAGAAAUGUCCCCAAACCCCGUACAAGAGCAUACGCGAAAUCGACACAAUUUUCCUCCGUUGUUGAACUAAAAGCACUUACCUACACCAGCACGAGGUAUUGGACCGAUCGGAAGCAUUGGCAUUUAAAUCUUUGUAUGCUCGAGACGAUCGUGUGUGAUUAUGCAUAUGUGAACAUUUGGACCAUAUGAUACACCCGUAACGUGCCGUGGGUAGUGAAUUUGGCACUGAUAAUAAUGCCAUGGUCAUUAACUAUCCACACCACCUGCUGAUUUGCAGCUUGAUCUUACAGCCCAUUAGCUUGUUCUUCGACUGUUUCUUAUUGGCGAGAGAUUAAAAAAAAGAAUCUCCAACCACCUGAUAAACACCGCUGUGUGGGAAAGUUUAAUUGUCUGUACGCAUCGGAGUGUGUGCUUUGUGGCCAGCAUAAAACACCAACAUAGAGAGAACACCGUUAGAAUCGCACAGCAAACUUGCCCGGCGUGUAGUGUAGAACGAAUGGCGGGAAGAAACAAACAAACGAAUGUACGAAACGAACAAAGGAACCAAUCAAAUCGAACAAACCGGAGAAGGCAACACUAACGGCCAAUGUCUGGUGUACAUCCCAGCUCUGGGAAUGGUGGUGAAGGUGGCAUCGACAGCAUCGACUGUCGACCGGGCCCCAGCAGUGGGGAAUGGACGCAAAAAUUGUGUCACGGGCUGCUUUCUUCCGAUCAUCGCUGCUCAGCGGUUCAUUCGAUCGCGAGACUUCGAAGAGAAAGGUUCCCGGGGCUCAGAGUAAGUGUGAUCAUCAGAACUUGUUCGGGGGUGUGUUUUUCUUUUCUUGUGUGUGUAGUUUGAAUUUUUUUGGCCGCAAAGUGUGUUUUUCUUGUGUGUGCUUUUUUUAAUGAAAAUAGUUAUGGACGAAAGCAAACUCGUGACCCGUUCUAAGCAGAAAACGGACAGGAACCCGUUACAAGUUAUUGCCAUUUUUGUUUGCUUUUGCCAUAUGUUUUUUUUUUGCAAAAGAAAAAAAAGUUCGUCUCUUGAUGCGUGUUUAGAUUUUGCAAUCACUUCAAUCGGAUGGUUUAGAAGAAGAGAGACUUGCUGCUUGAUCAUACACGAACCGAUCACAUGGUUGUGCUUGAGUAAGCUUUUUUCCUUUCUUCCAUUCUGGCUGGACAGACACGAUAACGGUGUUUAAUGAGAUAAAUCUUAACGGUAAUUAGUAGAAUAAAUCGAGCAGCAAGUAGGAAAAGCAUGGUCGAUGAGCCACGCCGUUGCAAUUGCGCAAACAAGCGGGUGUUUAUGUUGCGAGUGUGUGUGAUUUUUCUGCAUACGAAAUUGAAGGUGGAAAGACUAUUUACCACACUUUUAAAAAAUGUGAUAAAUUUUGAAAAACAGAUAAAACACAAUAAAUUUGAUGUCCAUUAGAACAGUUCUAUUGGAUCUCGUUUUUUUACAUUAAAUUGGUAAACUGAUGGAAGAUAGAAUAAAAUAACUAAUUGGAACGAAAUUAAAAUCAACACUAAUCAAAGCUUUUAAAGCUCCAAAUAAUUACAUUAAUCCCUUUUCAAACCAUGACUAAUGGUUAACCAUUCAUCCAACGGUUUAAAUUAUCGUUUCGUCAAUCGUCAGGGGGUUUUCCCCCUGAUGUUUCAUUCAGGGCGCCACCGUGAAGAAGAAAGAUUUAAUCUAUCACACAACAUUGGACACGCUUCUCAACGGUACACGGCUCAGCCGGUGGUUUUAUCUAUCUUCAUAUGUAAGUUAGCGGGCCUCAAUUAUGGGUCUAACUGUGAUCGUUCAUUUCAUUCGUCGACUCAUUUAGAAUUCAACAAUCAUUCGCAAAAUAUUUUAGUUGCUCCAGUUAGCGGUUGUUAGUCGGCGAUUAGCGGUAUGUACUUACGCGUACCGGGUUUAACCGUUUAAUUGCUCAUCGCCGUACACCGUUUUGGGUGCUACGAUCCGUAUUCGUGCUUUUUUUUGUAUUAAAGUUAAUUAUCCAAUUUUAUUACAUUACACACUGUAUCAUGCGGCGUACGCAACGGUUAACGUAAACCGGCAGCUGAUAGCCGAGACGAGAACGAGAAAGCUUUCGAAACGCCCGCCGUUGUGGUCAUCCGGAUCCCGUGUUGUGCACGCAUCGAUUUUGUUGCGGGCGUUUUUUUUUCUUCCUUUCUCACUAACAAACACCUGAUCCGUCCUGAGGGCGGACGACGACGAGGGUGUGAUCGAAAAUUUUCGUGAAAGUUUCGGUCAGAAAACAUUAUGCGUAUAUGUGACCUCCUUUUCCCGGUGAAGGCGGGAACGGAGUGUGUCACAGGGCCAUCACCACCACCCCUGGUACACAAGGAUCGAUUGUGUUCGUGGUGAUCGAUGCUGCAAACACGACGUUCACGCGCGUUGGAAUGUGUCCGGGGAGACGUAACGGGCGCGCGUGUGUGUUUGUGUGAUUUUAAAGUUUUGAACGACUUUUGUUGAUUUCAUUUUCCAUCAUUGCUUCAUUGUUUAUAAUUAAUUUCAUUCUUUAUCAGCGUUUUUUUUUUAAGGUAAAAGAUGAGAAUUUCUUACACACUUUGGACGGUGGGCGUACUGUGCGCGGUGCUAAACUAUUCUUCGGCGAGAAAGCUUGAAAACAUUGCUUCCAAUAUAAUUCCGGGCAGUAAUGCUUUGGGUCAGCAGAAGCAGAACGUAGUCGAUACGUAUGAGGAUGUAUCGGGCUCGGAAAAUCAGCAGGAUGUUGGAAGCGAAGCACUCCCGGAAAGUACCGAAACGAACGAAAUAGAGGAUGAAGUGGCCAGCCCGGAAGUGAUAAACGAGGUGCUGGAAGAAUCUAACGUUGUACCGCAGGAAUCGGUGAGCGAAGCGAACGUGGUCAAUAUGGAUGAUUCGAGUUUAAUCAAUCGAUACUGCCGGUGUACGGCGUACGAAUGCAACUGUUGCCGCGAUAUUGAUGUGCCACUGUUCCCGGUCAAAGGUCCGGGAUGUGCCGUAAUACAGUAUCUCGAUGGUGAUCGUAUGUCGGUUGGUGUGAAGUUUGCCGAUCGUAUGAUCGUAAAUCGUGUAAUUUCGGCACGAAGAGCGACACCGGUCUGCUUGCCACUACCCGGUGGAUAUAAUCGAUUCUGCGGACGUGUCUAUGGCAUCUCGCGCAAAGCGAACGAAGGCUUCAAAGCUUGUCUCGGUCUGGAGCUGCGAGCAGACGAUGAGGUAGAAGCGGUGCUGCGAGUGUCCUGUUUCAAGUUUGGUCCACGUGGACUGUCCGUGAUGGAUGCGGAACCGCUCCCGCCGGUUGAUGAUAUCGAUGUAGGCGACGAAGACGAUGAGGACGAGGAAGAUGAAGCGGAGGAGUUGUUUGGAUUUUCGCUCGACGAUGACGACGACGAGGAUGAUGAUGAUGAGGAAGAUGACGAUGAUGACGGUGGUGCCGAUAGCGUGCAAGAGAACGAAACCGAUCAGGGCGAUUCACCCGACUAUACCGGGUUUAGCUUUCUCGAUCGUGACCUAAUGGGAAGCAUAUUUGGGGUGAAAAAGUUCUGGUAAAGGAGACACAAAGUUGUUAGCAGUAAGCAGGAAGGUUAAGUAAACGUUAAUUUUAAACCUACCAUCGAUCGCGAUACAAACAUCGAUGGGUGAAUUAUGCUACAUGAUCAGAUUUUUGAUCAAACCUACAUGUAACGAAUGUAGGUUUUUUCCACACCUUUACUGACUGAAGACACAAUAAGUUGGUAAAUGUUUUAUGAUCGAUUGUACUAUUAAGCUGUAAACGUUUUGUCCUUAGUAAGCUUAUUUCACAUAUCGAUGUUUGUACCAGUGAAAGAACCCAAUUGCAAUGCAUUCAACGCGAAUGUAAAUAGUCAUAGCUGCGAGGCAAGCAGUUUUUAUAAGUAUUUAUGAAGUGUAUGUGUAUUAUUUAUUGCUACCGAAGACCGGUGGUUUAGAUCGAUUAAGUAUUCAAACAAUAAAACGAAACAGAAGCGAAACUAAACGCCAACGUGUAAAGCUUUGAUUCAUUGCAAC